AUGGGUCUUCCAGUGUUUCGCGAGCCUGAAGACGACACUGCUCAGGUCGUUGCUGCGAAGCUAGAUCAGGCUCAGGCACAGCAAAGGUCUGCAAUCCGUCGCCAGCCAACCUUACGCCAUGCCCGUGCUGAGCGAGAACGAAUACGAGAAAGAAUCAACAACCAUCUCAAUGAUGAAGACCGACGCGCGGAGCGCCAGAUCGCGCAGAUGGAAGCCGACUUGCAACGAAUGCGGCAGGACCUACAGCGCAACCGCGACCGACAGUCAGAGUCGAGCUGGCGCGAUGCUGAGGAGCUCCUCCAGUCGUCGCGACCAUCGUACCGUGACGAGGAAGACACUUCAGACACGAAUAUGCAUCCUCCGCGGUUACGCAACACGCGACUACCGCGACCAGAUCGUCAAUCCAGUCUUCGCUUCGAGAUGAGCGCCCAGCAAUCAAGGUCCGUCUCGCCUCGCCGCCGCCGCCUGCUCAGUCCACCUUCGUCCUCAGGCAGUGGUCGCAACAUACCUGAACAUCACGUCGAAGACGGAAUACUCUGGCUUGAUCGAGACCCAGAGAAUCUCACCCCAGGUUUUGCACCAGCGCGACAGCCCGACCAUGUUGACCGUCGGGGCCUCGAGACUCCCCCACCCGAGACCUGGGAGUCAUCUCUGCCUCCUCUCUCUCGGUCCAGUCGACGACCCGAAAGACCUUCACAUCGUCCUGUGGAUGGGCUCGGUGACCGUCGCCGCAGCCCCACACCAGAUCCGUCCGCCGAAGAAGAGACCUGGGCUCAUCUUCUUAAUACCAUGGACGACAACAGGUCCUCGGCUACGACCUCUUUCGCAUCAACUCGCGGCUCCAACGGUCGAUCGCAAGAUUCUCAGACAACACUAGCGACUUCAUUCGGAGAAAUUGGCAACGACGACUCGUGUGACCUUGACUUGCCCACCGGUAUCACCGAAGAGAUUGCUCGCGACAUUCGAGAAGAGCAUCGGUCAAGAGAGCGCCGCCAGCGGCGCAACCACAACGAGCCUGAUAGGCCAAUCAUGACCGGAGCGCAAGGUCUACGCCAGCACGAGGCUCGGAUGCGACAACGUACAAGCACGCCACGGUCAACAGAAGGUCCACGCGCAAGCGCGCAAAUCCAGAUGAUCCAGCAGAUCAUGGAGCGAUUUGGCACGAGCGAACUCCCGGACGAUUGGUGGCGCAUCCUGGGAUGGGAGAAUGAUCAUGAGCCGAGUACGUUGACUCCAUCGUCGACGGGGGGGCGAUUGCAGGACGAGAUCAUGCAAGAGCUUCUCUUGGAGCAGAGAGCGCGCAGACAGGAGCAGAGAGAGCGGGCGUCGCAAGAGGCGGUUCCCACAGGCGAGACGCGUGCUGAGGCUGCUGUGCUGAUGUGCCAUAGGGUUGUAUUUUUGGCGUUGGGAGCGUCUCUUUUGCAUCUGGAGCGCUGA